AUGCCCUCGCUUGCCAUCCUCCACUGCUUCACCUGUAAUGCAAAAGAUUCGCAUUUUCCCCUCUCAUCGUUCUCCCCGUCUUCUGAUUCUCCCCUCCCCUCAGUGUCUCUCCUCUCCGCAUUCUCAAAUUUCACUAUAUUUCAUCAGAUGGAUGCACUAGAGAGCAAACUUCUAAGUCGCCUCAACACUCAAUUUCAGUCGCUUUUGAGGCGCCUCUCCCCCUCCCCUCAGUGUCUCCCUCUCCGCAUUCUCACAUUUCAUGGCAUCCCAUCAGAUGGUUGCCCUGGAGAGCAGAAGCACUGGCAAGAGCAGUCCAGUCCUCCCCUAAUUCCUCCCCUGAUUCCCAUCUCCGCAUUCCUCCCCUUCAUUCUCCCCUACUCCGCAUUCUCACAUUUCACGGCAUCCAUCAGAUGGAUGCCCUGGAGAGCAGAAGCACUGGCAAGAGCAGUUUUGGGUGAACUAGCAAAGGAGCUUGCAGGGCGGCCACGGCCAGUCGUGUUCAUGUCGUUUUCUGGAGGGUACAAGGCGUGCCAGUGGAAGAUCAUGGAGGCUCUGCUCUCCACAUCCGCUCAAGAGUCGAAUCAUCGUGACGAAGGUACAGCAGGGGCAGCAGCAGCAGCUUUAGCACCAGUGCCGUCAUCGUCAUCUCCCCCACCAUCAGCGCUGCCGUCAAAGGCACAAGGCGAGGUUUCCGCCUCCCACCGGCACUUCCUUUCGCUCCUCCGAGAGUGCUACGCCGGGCAGGUCUUUGACUCCUCUCCCGUUGACUUCACAUCAGACCUAGGCGUCAGGUUUCUCUCCCAACCGCCACCGGUAACUGGCCAACCGCAGGCCACCUCCCAACCAUCCAUUCCUGCCCAACCACCCUCCCAGAAGCAGGGUUCUUCUCCUGCUUCUGCUGGUGCUCCUGCUGCUCCUGCUACUCCUGUUACCGCUCCUGCUCUUGAUUCUCCUGCUACUACUCGUGCUGAUUCUGCUGCUUCAGCAGUGGCAACAGCCAAGCAGCCCAGCUCGUUACGACACACGCUGGUGCGGUCAGCAGCUGUGGUGCUGGACUGGCUGCUGCUCCCCGAGUUUGAGAGGCAGCGGGCAGCACAGUGGACCACACUUCUGCACUGCUCGACCUUGUCGCCGGUGCUGCUGCUGUGCAGCACAGACGACCAACUAGCUCCCAUAGAGUUUAUUCACAAGUAUGAGAGGGAGGCAGAGGCAAGGGGUGCGACCGUGAAGAGAGUGGAAUGGAGCACAUCGGAGCAUGUUGGUGAGUGGGGGGGUGGGGGAUAG